AUGCCACUCGUUAUCCUCACCGGGUAUCCCUGCUCCGGUCUCAGCUACCGCGCAAAUCAACUUGCGUCGCUCCUCGAGAAAGCGCAAGAUGAGAUCUUCGCGACCACUGACGCAGAGUCGCCCCCAUCACUAAAAUUCCGGUACAAGAUCCACGUCGUUUCGUCGCACGAUAACAGCUCCUACCCUCGUACUGUCUACGACCAUGCCAGAACAGAGAAGGAGGCUCGCGGUGUCGCAUAUGCGCGUGCGAAGCGUGUGGUGGCCAAGGACAGCAUUGUGAUCUUGGACGGCAUGAACUACAUCAAAGGGUGGCGGUACCAGCUUUGGUGCGAGAGUAAGGCGGCGGGGACUUCAUGCUGUGUGGUGCACGUUGGUACUCCCGUUGAUCAGUGUGUCGCGAAUAACAAGGCCCGUUUGGAUCGGGAUGCAGCCCAGGAAAAGGAUACAUCUUUGCCAGAGCAACCGAAUCCCUCAAGCGAUACUACCGCCCCAGUCCAAACAUCAGACACCGAGCAAGCUUAUUCGCGCGAACUCCUCGACAACCUCAUCUUCCGCUACGAAGAACCGAGCACACACAGCCGCUGGGACAAACCUCUCUUCACAGUACCUUGGGAGGAUGCCGAACCCCCGGUAGCUGAUAUAUUCCACGCCCUCACCGGGGUAGUCCUUCCAUCCGCCGAGGUACCCGUCGUAACGCCAGUCUCCAACCUCAUCGAAUCCCUCACCUCAACCAACCUUUCCUCCGCCGCCAGCACAACAACCACAGCGCGAACCUUUACCCGCGGAACCUCAACUCGACCCAGAAUCGUCGCUCACCAAGCCACAACACAAGCUGCGGUCACAGAUCCAGGCGCUCUCUACGCAAUGGAGAAACGCACGACGGCCGUCGUCAAUGCAAUCCGCACCUUCACCCUAUCCAACCCCUCCGCCGAAGAAGCUCUCGCGCAGAGCGAAAACCCCCACGGCAUCGCGAUCGAUGUCCCCGAAGCUUCAAUUCCUAUUCUUAUCCCCGUUCACGUCGCCACAAGCGGGACCACGGAUGAAUUGGCCGGUGCAGGUGGAGUUCUCGCGGCGCCGAAACUGCAACGCCUGCGGAGACAGUGGAUUAGUUUGAAUCGGAGAUACCUUAGUCACGGUCAUGGUGAGAAGCAAGGUGGUUUGGCGGCUGAUCAAGUCGGGGAUGCAUUUGUGCGCUUUUUGAAUAGUAGUAUUGGAGGUGAGGAUGGAUUGGAAGCAUAG